GCACGAUCAUAAAUUAUGAUUGCGUAACCAAAUAAAAUGGGUACCAAAGGAAAGACCAUCAUCUGUCUUUUUAGAAAUGAUCUGCGAAUUCAUGACAAUGAGGUGCUGCAGUGGGCUAACAGAAAUGCUGACUUCGUACUGCCUAUGUACAUAUUUGACCCCAGACAUUUUGGAGGAACCUAUCACUUUGGGUUUCCUAAGACAGGACCCCACAGAACAAAAUUUCUACUCGAGAGCAUACAGGACUUAAGAAAGAACCUCAAGAUAAGGGGCAGUGGCCUUGCAGUCAGGAAAGGUAAACCCCAUGAGGAGUUAAAGAAGAUGAUUGACAUGUUAGGUCAAAGUUCAGUUCACUCAGUCGUGUUCCAUGAAGAGGUAACUCAAGAGGAACUGGAUGUGGAGAAAUCCAUCAAAAAACAUUGUGGAGUUAACAUCAAAACGUUCUGGGGUCACACGUUAUACCACCGUGAAGAUCUCCCAUUCUCUCCAUCCCAAACACCUGAUGUGUACACACAGUUCAGAAAACGGGUCGAAUCCCAAGCACCUGUCAGAAAGUGCCUGGACAUGCCCAAGUCCUUCAGGCCUCUGCCUGAGGGAGUAGAGGAGGGGGAGAUCCCCACAAAUAAAGACCUGGGAGUGGAAGAUCCAGUGACAGAUCCCAGAUCUGUGGUGGAUUUUCUGGGUGGGGAGUCAGUCGCCAUAGAUAGACUUCACCAUUACCUGUGGGAAACCGAUGCCAUUGCUACUUAUAAAGAAACCCGGAAUGGUCUCCUAGGGGCAGACUACUCUACCAAGUUUUCAGUCUGGCUGGCACUUGGCUCUCUUUCUCCUCGACACAUUUUCUGGGAAGUAAAGCGUUAUGAGAACGAGAGAACUUCCAAUAAUUCCACAUACUGGGUACUGUUUGAACUCAUUUGGAGAGACUACUUUAGAUAUGUAGCAAUGAAGUAUGGAAAUCAGAUUUUUUAUGAAGGAGGUAUCCAGAAUAAAAAUAUCAGAUGGAAGCAGGAUAAACAGCUUUUUCGCGCCUGGAAAGAGGGAAAGACAGGUGUGCCAUUUGUUGAUGCCAACAUGAGGGAGCUAGCAGCCACAGGAUUCAUGUCCAACAGGGGCAGGCAGAAUGUUGCCAGUUUCUUAACAAAAGACUUACACUUAGAUUGGCGCUUAGGAGCAGAGUGGUUUGAAUCCAUGCUGUUGGAUCAUGAUGUAUGCAGUAACUAUGGUAACUGGCUAUACAGCGCAGGAAUUGGAAAUGAUCCUAGAGAAGACAGGAAGUUCAAUGUUGUUAAACAGGGAUUUGAUUAUGAUAGUGAGGGUGACUACGUAAGGACAUGGGUCCCAGAGCUGAAGAAUGUCCAUGGAGGUUCUGUACAUAUUGUGUGGACACUUAGUCGGGGCAUUCUAGAGAAAGCAGGAGUGACCUUAGGGGAGACUUAUCCAAAUCCUGUCCAUGUAGCCCCAGAAUGGAGCCGCCAUUACAGCAAAGCUUCUGGAAGUGGAGGUGCCAGAGGUGGGUCUUCUCAUAGACCACAGAAAGGAAUAGACUUUUACUUCAAGGGAGGGAACCAGAGGAGUAUGGCGGAAGAGUCUCUCUCUGAGAGGCAGGAGUUUGAGCUACAAGCGCUGGAGGCCAUUUACACGGGGGAUGUGGUAGACCUCAGGGAAAAGGAUGCAUGGAAGGUUCAGCGACCACCUGAGAUUAAAAUUACCAUUAAACCGCAAGAAAGUAUAGGACACCAUGAAGAAAACCAUGUUCAAGUGGAUCUACAUGUAAAGUGCUCUGCCAGAUACCCACUGGAGAUUCCUGAGUUGAAUUUCAUAAAUACAAAAGGCCUUUCUAACUCCCAGCUCUCCAGCCUUAAAUCAGAAGUGGACUCCAUCGCCAAUGAAUACAAGGGAGAAGAAAUGUUGCUACAGAUAGCCCAGCAUGUGCAGCAGUAUUUACAUGCACACAACAAGCCGCCAGCCAAAUCCUUUUAUGAGGAAAUGAUGUUGAACAAGAGAAAACAAGAGGAACAAAAAGAGGAAGAGCAAAGACAAGAACUAGAGAGACUAAAGAAGAAAGAGGAAAAAGAGCUACAAAGUCUAGAAAUUGAAAUUCAGAGAAGAAAAGAAGCAUUAAAGGAAGAGAACAAGAAACGAAAAGAGGAAACAAAACAGGUUGAAGAGGAACCUAUUUCUGUGCCAUCAUCUCCGUCCUCUGAAUAUGUGCCAAACAUUUCUCCCGUGGGAACCCCAGGAAUGGUCCGGAGACCCAGAACCUCUGUAUCACCCUCCCCCCUCAUUGUCCACGCCAACACAGAAGUAAAGGAGAUCAAAACACGGAGACAAAGGAGGACCAGUACGCCUUGCCGUGAAGCGUUGGAGGACCACGUCUGUCACAACCACACCGGCGGCAUCGUCGUCCUGGCAUUUAACACGCGGGGGGAGAGAACCAUUCACAGGGGAACCUGUCUAGGUCAUGGAUCCUCUGGUAGCACUGUGUAUGUGGGAAUCGACACAACUUCCGGUGAACUUGUCACAAUAUCAGAGUGGGUCCUGAAGUGGAGACAUUAUGGCAGAAAGAAAAUUCUCAGAAAGGAUGAUGUAGAUGAAGACAAAGAGGGAACAGCAUGUUUGAAACAGGUGAACAGUAUUGAACAAGAGCUGUUAUCCCUCAUCCGCUUACAUCAUCCAAACCUUGUCCAUUACCUGGCUAUCAAAUACCAGCAAGAUCCUGGCAAAAUCACUGUAUAUCUGUUGAUGGAGUACUGCAGUGGUAGCAGCCUGUCUGUCAACAUUCGCAGAAAGAGACCUGUCCAUGUCGCACAUAUCAAGCACUACACAGAGGAAAUUCUGAAUGCACUGGCCUACUUACACAACAAAGACGUGGUGCAUAAGAAUCUGCGGGCUUCCAGUAUAUUUUUGGAUGCCACUGGCAAAAUCAAGGUGGCUGACUACAGUAUUGAAAGAAGGUUGGCUGAUUUGUUUUACUAUCUAGAGCAGUCUAGACCAGGGGUCCACUUUGAUGACAACCGCCCAGUCCAAGGCAAGGCCACCAAGAAAGGCGACUCCUACAGUCUGGGAUUAGUACUGCUGUCUCUUGCGAUGGGAGAAGAUGUUGAUGAAUCAAAUCUGGAAAUUCCAACUCAUUUUCCAUCAUCUUUCCAGGACUUCUUGCACAAGUGCUUGAUAAAGGAUGACAAGACUCGCUGGUCAGUUCACCAGUUACUGGAUCACACCUUUAUCAAGUCUAGCAUCUCUCUGAGUCUGCCCAUCACAAAACAGGAGACUCAGCAGGAGGUCAACUCUCAAGAUGAGGAUUCGUCUGAUGAGGAGCAGCCUGUGAUAACUCCAUACGAGGCCAGUGGACAAUCCCGUCUCACCAACGAGUUUGAGAUUCUGAAGUCCCUGGGCAAGGGAGGAUUUGGGGAUGUCAUAAAGGUCAGAAAUAAACUAGACAGAAGGUUUUAUGCCAUCAAAAGAAUUCCACUCAAUCCAAAGAGCAAACAGUUUAACAAGAAGAUCACCAGAGAAGUCAAGCUUCUCUCUCGGCUCAACCAUGAAAAUGUCGUCAGGUACUUUAACUCCUGGAUUGAGCUGAGUGAUGACCCGGCCCACAGUGAGAGCUCAAGUGCUCUCAGCUCCUCCCCAAAGUCCACCCCUAGAACCCCAGACAAGAUGACAAACACCCUGGAUAUAACAGACAACAUCGAGAGGCUGGCUCCAAAGACAGUGGAGGAUUCGGUGGAGUGGAGCCAAUCCUACUCCGCCAUCAUCAACCCGGGCUGGGACUCCGAGGAGGAGGACGAGGCCGAUGUAUUCGGAACUUCCUUCAUGUUGACAGAUAUGUCGGAGGAUGUUGUGUUUGUACACAGUCUGGACAAUGACGACGCCUCCAUCGAUCAGGUGGAUGGAGAGAAUGACAAAAGAUGGGAGGAGUCCACCAUCAGUCCUAAACUCCAGUACCUCUACAUCCAGAUGGAGUACUGCGAGAAGAGCACCCUCAGGAACUGUAUAGACGCCGGUCUUUAUCAGGACAUGAACCGUGCCUGGAGGCUGUUCAGGGAGAUCAUCGAGGGUCUGGUUCACAUUCAUGAACAGGGAAUGAUUCACAGAGAUUUGAAGCCAGUGAACAUAUUUUUGGACUCCAAUGACCAAGUCAAAAUUGGAGACUUCGGUCUUGCUACCACAAGCAUCAUAAGCAAGAGCAACAUCUUGGAUGUUAAGAUGCUGACGCUGAGUGCAGCAGAUGACAACCUGGAGUCCUUCUCCGAGAACACGGGGGAUGGGAGUCUGACAGGGAAAGUGGGGACCGCCCUGUAUGUCAGCCCAGAGAUGAUGACAGGGGCCAGUAAAAUAGUGUACACACAGAAAGUGGACCUGUACAGCCUGGGCAUCAUCUUCUUUGAGAUGUGCUACAAACCCCUCCCCACAGGAAUGGAGAGAGUCAAGAUCCUUGGAAACCUGAGGCUGCCAGAGGUCAGGUUCCCUGAGGACUUUGACCAGUAUGAGCUCAAAAGUCAGACUUACAUUAUUAAAUGGCUUUUGAACCAUGACCCCACUCAGAGAGCUUCUACAAGGGAGCUCUUACUGUCAGAGCACUUACCCCCUCCACAGAUGGAGGAGGAAGAACUGGAUGAGAUUCUACGCUCCACCAUCGCUGACCCGCGUAGUAAGGCGUACAGACGCAUGCUCUCGGCGCUGUUCUCCCAGAAUGUCAAUGCUGCCGAUGACCUCUUGUUUGACAGUGAAAUAUACAAGAGUAAGUUCACCACCAAGAUCCCACUGGUUCAGGAGAUGGUUCAGGAGAUGAUGGUCAAGAUUUUCCAGCACCACGGUGCGGUCAGGUUGACCACACCCCUUCUGAUGCCUAAAUGUGACCUCUACGCCAAAACUGACCUCUACACUCGCUUCAUCGAUCACUGUGGUCACUUAGUCUCACUCCCAUUUGAUCUCAGGAUACCAUUUGUUCGCUAUGUGGCCCGCCAUAACUGUAGCAGUGUCAAGAGGUUCUGCAUUGACAAAGUGUUCAGGGAGAAGAAGGUGUACGGCCAGCAUCCAAGGGAGCUCACUGAGUGUGCCUUUGACAUCAUUACUCCCAAUCUUGGCAGUUUAUUCCCUGAUGCUGAAGUGGUGCUACUGGUACAAGAAAUUAUAUCAGAAUUUCCUGUAUUACAGCAAAGAAACUAUUACAUAAAGAUGAACCACAUGUUGAUUCUCCACGCCAUUCUACAACACUGUGGUGUGGCCGGGGACAAGGUCACUGAUAUCCUUCACAUCUUGUCGGGGGUCAAGCUGGACAGUCAGUACAAGACCAUCUCCAAGUCCUUGACCUCCCUAGGGCUCACUGACCAAUCUGUCUCCUCCCUACUGGGGAUCUUAGAAAUGGAGGGAAACUAUGGCAAAGUGGCCAGCUACUUACGAUGUAUCACAAAAACCAGGGGAGAGGCAGCAUCAAAAGCCAAGCAAGGUCUGCAUGAGUUGGAAGUCACCCUUAGUAAUUUGGACACCUUAGGUUUGAAACUGCCUGUGACUGUAUCCCUAGGCUUCGUGUUCAACACACUUCAGUAUUCGGGGAUGAUCUUCCAGGUGAUGGUGGACAGCAAGAAGAAGCACCACAGCCCAGACAUCUUGGCAGCGGGGGGCUGCUACGACAAGCUGAUAGAGAAGUUCCGUUCUCCAUUGGCACACCCUACAACGGAGUCCUCCAUACAUGGAGUCGGGGUCAGCAUUGCGUUUGAGAAGAUUGUGUUAGCAAUGUUGGAACAUAAAGAGCUGAAUUCCUUGAGUUCAUACGGCAUCUUAGUGUGUACUAUUGGACACAAGCCCAUGUUGAAGGAGAGAAUGUUAAUUCUGCGUGAUCUCUGGUUGGCAGGACUCCGAGCUGAUAUAUACUUAGAGGCCAUGCAGACUCAAGAAGAGAUUCAGGAGUUCUGUCGCUGUAAUGGAAUACCAUAUAUGGUUAUCCUGAAGGAUGGGGACACAGGGGCAAAGGUGAGAAUGAUUGAGAAGGACAGGAUAACGGAGAAGAAACUUCUGACCAAUGCUCAGGUGGUGGACUUCCUUCAGCAGAAACUACAGGCUUCCUCAAAACCGGAGCAGUCUGACUCUGCCCAGGGAGUUCCCUCUAAGACCGUGGGGGUGGUGUCUCCCUCAGAUAACUACUCCACCAACUACAGCAAUAACAUCCUCAUCAACUUCAACUUUGUGAUAGAGAACGGGAAGCUGGCCUCCAAAACCAGAUACCGAUAUGAAUCUCAGAUACUGGCCAAAGUGAGCUCCACAUUGUCAUGGUUACCAAAGAAGUCAAUUGAUGUAAUUGCUGUGGAAUUAAGUGCACCAGUACUGAAAUGUGUCGUAGCAUUCCUGGAGUUAGAUGGGACUGAAAAGGAAUAUGAAGACAGCAUUAGUGCAGUCAUUGAAAAGCAGCAGAGACAUACCAGUAAGAAGUAUAUCAACAAAAUAUGUGACCAGAUAUUUGAGCUCAAAUUCAAUAGAAAAUGCAAUUACAUUGUUUUGUAUGGACUAAAAGAUGAUAGUCUCAAACUUCUGACCUGAAUCUCAAGACUGAGCCUGGAAUGGCUUAAGGGCACAAUCUGAAAAUCAGAUACAUGUAGUAGAGCUUCCAUGAUGUCAAAAAACUCUGUCUUAUUGGAUUGAAGUGAUGAGAAAUGCCAGGAACUGUGGGUGUGAAGUGGCUCCCUGUGAGUAGUGCUUCUUGCCAGGACACUAGUUAUUACAUGUACCAGUAUACAAAGUAUGUAUGAUGCAUCAGGAUUGCAGCAAGAGAUUUUAAGACAUAGCAGAGUGGGCUACUUAGAAAAAACAUGGGUGAUUUGGUGGUACAAAAAUAGAUGAAAUUGUUCAUUUGCAAUUGAUCUCUGUUAACCUUGUGUUCGGGACAUUAUGUUGAUCUAGGAAUAGAACUGUAUUAAAAAUUGUAAAUUUAAAGUGUAGGUCACCUCAAUAGAGAUGAAAAUAUUUAUAGAAGCCAUAUGCUUGUAAAUUCAAAUUUGCUUUCUGCUAUUGAAUAUUCAUGAAUGGAAUGCAAAUGCUGUUUGUGAAGAUUGAAUUAUCUUUCUUGUCAUGGGGACUUGAAAGAACAGAAAAAAUAUUUUACAAAAGUUUUAAAGAGAUUAAGUAUAUAUUUAUUUCAUUUAUUUUAAAAACAAGUAUGUCACAAUAACAUGUAUCAUUUAUUGACAAGAGUAUUUUUUGUUAUUAAUUGUUUACAUAUAUGUACAGCACAAAGACUAUAUUGAAAAAAAAAUAAAACUGUUAAAGAUAUAAAGUCUUUGUUAUAU